UUAUUAGUGGUGCUUUUUUCUUUCCAUCAACUGGUAUUCGGUUAUCCGUGUUAAACAAAUAUCUAAAUUUUAUAUAUUGUAUAUUAUAUAAAUAAAUUAUAACUAAGUGUUUCGGAAUGUAAUUAAGCAGCAUUAUCCACAUAAAAUAAUGGUACGAAAAAAACGAGAAAUCGUAAUAAAGGAAAAUAUUCAAGGACGAAGUUACCUUAAAAAAAUAUGUUGUUCGUAUAUAAUACUGUCCAUCCUCGUAAUUUCUAAUGCCUUGCCCCCAGUAAUACGAGUAGGUGCCAUAUUUACGGAAGAUGAACGCGAAAGCAGUAUUGAAUCUGCAUUUAAAUACGCAAUAUACCGUAUAAAUAAGGAAAAGACUCUUCUUCCCAAUACACAAUUGGUUUACGAUAUUGAGUAUGUUCCCCGAGAUGACUCGUUUCGCACUACUAAAAAGGUUUGCAGUCAGUUGGAAGCAGGUGUUCAAGCAAUUUUUGGCCCAACAGAUGCUCUUUUAGCUAGUCAUGUACAAUCCAUAUGCGAAGCAUAUGAUAUACCCCAUAUUGAAGGUCGAAUUGACCUCGAAUAUAAUUCUAAAGAAUUUUCUAUAAAUUUAUAUCCGUCGCAUACGCUCUUAACUCUAGCAUAUAGAGAUAUAAUGGUAUAUUUGAACUGGACGAAGGUGGCAAUAAUUUAUGAAGAAGAUUAUGGUCUAUUUAAUUUGAUGCACUCAUCAACUGAGACGAAAGCGGAAAUGUAUAUAAGGCAAGCAAGUCCGGAUUCCUAUCGCCAAGUUUUACGAGCGAUACGUCAAAAGGAAAUUUACAAAAUAAUAGUGGAUACAAAUCCGUCCCAUAUAAAAUCGUUUUUUAGAUCCAUUUUGCAACUACAAAUGAAUGACCAUCGUUACCAUUAUAUGUUUACAACAUUCGACUUGGAGACAUAUGAUCUGGAAGAUUUCAGAUAUAACAGCGUAAAUAUAACUGCAUUUCGGCUGGUAGAUGUCGAUAGCAAAAGAUAUCUCGAAGUAAUUAAUCAAAUGCAGAAAUUACAACACAAUGGAUUGGACACUAUAAAUGGAAGUCCUUAUAUACAGACGGAGUCCGCAUUAAUGUUUGAUUCGGUGUACGCGUUUGCGAAUGGACUACACUUUCUAAAUUUGGAUAAUCACCAAAAUUUUUAUAUCAAAAACCUAUCCUGCACCUCCGACCAAACCUGGAAUGAUGGAAUUUCAUUGUAUAACCAAAUAAAUGCAGCCAUCACAGACGGACUGACUGGCACUGUCCAAUUUGUGGAAGGUCGGCGAAACAUAUUUAAGCUUGAUAUUCUUAAACUAAAGCAAGAAAAAAUACAAAAGGUUGGAUAUUGGCAUCCCGACGACGGUGUUAACAUUUCGGAUCCAACAGCUUUCUACGAUUCAAAUAUCGCAAAUAUAACCUUGGUCGUUAUGACUAGAGAGGAGCGGCCGUAUGUUAUGGUUAAAGAAGACAAAAAUCUAACUGGAAAUUUGAGGUUUGAAGGAUUUUGUAUUGAUCUUUUAAAAGCAAUCGCCACACAAGUUGGGUUUCAAUAUAAAAUUGAAUUAGUUCCCGAUAAUAUGUACGGUGUUUACAUACCAGAGACUAAUUCAUGGAAUGGAAUCGUGCAGGAAUUAAUGGAAAGGCGUGCUGAUCUUGCUGUAGCCUCAAUGACAAUUAAUUAUGCUCGGGAAAGUGUUAUCGACUUUACCAAACCAUUUAUGAACUUGGGCAUUGGCAUAUUAUUCAAGGUGCCGACAAGUCAACCAACACGACUGUUCUCCUUUAUGAACCCUUUGGCAAUCGAGAUAUGGCUUUAUGUGCUAGCUGCAUACAUAUUAGUAUCUUUCGCGCUCUUUGUAAUGGCUCGAUUUUCUCCAUAUGAGUGGAAAAACCCCCAUCCAUGCUACAAGGAAACGGAUAUAGUGGAAAAUCAGUUUUCCAUAUCAAACAGUUUUUGGUUUAUAACAGGAACAUUCUUACGCCAAGGAUCUGGACUUAAUCCGAAGGCAACCUCGACGCGUAUUGUGGGCGGAUGCUGGUUCUUUUUUUGCCUAAUCAUUAUAUCUUCAUACACUGCCAACUUAGCUGCAUUUCUAACAGUUGAACGGAUGAUUUCCCCCAUUGAAAGCGCUUCUGAUUUGGCAGAGCAAACCGAAAUAUCAUAUGGAACUUUGGAAGGUGGAUCGACAAUGACAUUUUUUAGGGAUUCAAAAAUUGGUAUAUAUCAAAAAAUGUGGCGUUAUAUGGAAAACCGUAAAACAGCUGUAUUUGUAAAAACCUAUGAAGACGGAAUUAAACGAGUAAUGGAAGGAAGCUAUGCUUUUUUGAUGGAAUCGACAAUGCUGGACUAUGCUGUUCAACGUGAUUGUAAUCUGACCCAAAUAGGAGGCCUUCUUGAUUCUAAAGGUUAUGGUAUCGCAACACCCAAGGGCUCUCCAUGGAGAGAUAAAAUAUCACUUGCUAUUUUAGAGCUUCAAGAAAAGGGUAUUAUUCAAAUAUUAUAUGACAAAUGGUGGAAAAAUACAGGUGACGUUUGCAACAGAGAUGAUAAGAGCAAGGAGUCCAAAGCCAAUGCACUUGGAGUAGAAAAUAUUGGUGGCGUGUUUGUUGUUCUCCUUUGUGGACUUGCGCUUGCAGUUGUUGUAGCCAUAUUUGAGUUUUGCUGGAAUUCUAGAAAAAAUUUAAAUACUGAAAAUCAAUCUCUGUGUUCAGAAAUGGCAGAGGAACUUCGUUUUGCAAUGCACUGCCAUGGUUCAAAAUCAAGACAUAGACCGCGAAAACGAAGUUGCCUUAAUUGUUCGUCUGUACCAACAUAUGUUCCGAGUAAUGUGAGCACGUCAAAUGUGGGCGUUUACUAUAAUUACUUUAAUUAACUUUUACCAUGCUUUAACACGUUUAUUCAAACAAAACAAAUAUAGUUUUUUCUACAAUUUGUAAUGACAUUAUUACUAUAUAAAUAAUAUGCAAUUUUAAAAAUGUUAUUAUUUUUAUUUGAAAGAAAACUAGCUUGGGCUUGAAAAGAUACAUACCUAGGGUUAGGCGUACAAUUUAUAGUUUCAGAUGAUUGCCACGCUACUAUACUAUAGUGCUCACAAACUGCGCAAUACUGUCUCGCCCACACUUUAAAAAUUUGUAGAUUAAUGUAUUUUCUUUUUCUGUGAGUGCCAGUUGCGAAUAGAAGCAAGUGCACAAGCCAGUCCCUUAUCUGAUGCGACGAAGCCGUUGAUAUCCACUUCCGUCACGAAGAGAGGUUUACACCUUCCCGUGUCCAGCGCAGGAAGCAGCCACAUCUCCCAUCGAAGUUAAGGGCUGACAUUCCAAACCUGGUUUUAUCUGGUCUUGGCUGGUCUUGCUUCCUGCUCUCCUAGUUAACUCAAUGCUACGUUUCUACCAUUUCCUUCAAUGCAAGAGUGCUGUGAUAACGAUGAAACAAUAGCAAGAAAAUUGAAUAACCUUGUUAUACAGACCGGGUAGCAAGCUUCCCACAUUUUCUAAAAUAUUCAAGACAAUAACGCAACGAGUUGUCCAGACAUAUUGAAGACUUUUAAAAACGAACAUUAAUGGGCUUUAUAAGUUGAAAUCCCUUGGAAGUCUGCAUAAGAGGGCACACCUCUCAGCCUCCUUGACUAGCCCGCUGACCAGAAGAAAGCUUAAACAAAGACACCCUGCCGAUCUCUGGACAAUAAGACAAAAUGUCUCUUAAGCAGUAAUAUUUAUUGUUAUAAAUAAUAUUUCAUCUCUAGUCUGUUGUGCACUCCCCGAAUUUUUCUUUUCCUUUAAGUUACGAAAGUCGCUUACAAUAGUUUGAUCACUUAAAAACUUUCCACCCAAUUUGUACGGCAUAUACACUAUUACGGUAAACCAAUCAAUAAAACCAAUCUAGAAGAGAGGAGCAUGGCUGUGCACUUGUCUAAAAGCUAGGGAAAUUUGAUAUCGUUGCCGAUGUGGUUUCUGCUACGGUCUUCAUUUCCGAAGGCGAUGCAGACUCCUCAGUGCUCAUGAUACCAAACGAAGAACAUCAUGUUCACGAGUUAGCUGAUACUCGACCACAAUUAUUUAAAGUAUCCCACUGUCACCUGGAAUGGAAUUACACAGUGGCUGGUGAUGGAUAUCUUCGAUUCGGAAGAAAUAAGGUAAGCGAAAAGAAAACCAAAGGAAGGAUCGCAUAUAAAUCCUGAAGAAAUUUCAUUUUCCAAGAAUGUCUUAUACGCAGUGGCUUCCGGCGACCACUCUAAACUAUUGAAUUGAGAGUCACAACAACGAGUCAGCGUUACUACCGACUCCCAUGACUCAGACCUUGAAAGACGUACAUUGGCAAUAAAACGAAGAAAAAUCUAAUCAUUUUUCAAAAGUGUGGGCAGAGCAGUUAUGGUCGGCUUGUGGGCGUGACAAAACAUUUUUUGGCAAAUCGAUAGAAAUUUACUAGACUAAUAAAAAUACGAAAAUAUUUUUCAAAAGCGUGUGCUUUUGGGUCAGGGUCAGAUCUGCUCUACUAUUAAAACUGAUCAAAAAUAUGUAUACUUUAUUUGGGCGAAAACGCUUCCUUCUAAAUGUUACAUACUUUUCAAAAAUCUAAUCUACCUUUUUACGGGUUUAAUAAAUAGAAGUCACAAAUGUAUGUACCUCCUUGGGGUUUCCAAUAAUUAGAUCCGAACAAUAUGACACCGCAUGCUGGUUCUUUAAAUAGCCCGUAGCUAAAGUGGUUUGCUUUACGUUCUUAGUGUCGUUGAAUUGUUUAACUCCGGGGUGUGUUGCUCGUAGCUUACCGCUGAAGUACGACAAGAAUUAAAUCGAUAAGUUUUAUUAAAAGGUAACGUCACUUUUUCCAACCAGACUUAGACCAAAGACCCAUAUAAUAAUUAGUUAAUACAAAAAGAACAUAAUACAGUUUGCAAUACAAUAUAAUGUAUGUAUAAUUUUAUUUUGUUACAUUUUUUAAUGUACAUCAUAUUUUACAAUAAACGUGUUACCUAAAU